GUUAAAGUCCGGAGCGAGGAGGGUACCCCGUCAAGGGUUACGCCCGCGCGUUUGGCUGGCUUUUUCAUCUGGAGGCCACUUCUAUUGCAAUGUGAGUGGUGCGUUCUUGUAACUAGAAGCCGCGCGUUUCCGACGGAGCAUCGUUGGUGGGUAUGGUUACGUACGCAGGCGACAAAGGUUGCGCCGGAUUGCUUUUGCCAGAACCAGCUUGGCGAGCGACAGCAGGCCCGGCAGCAGUGUUGCCACCGUUUCGGCUUAGCCACGACCGCUGGCAGGCCGGGCCCGGAAGGCGAUUGGGGGUGGCGCACGACAUCGGCGCGCGCCGGGAACGAGCACCAAGCAAGAGGCAGCGACAUGCUGUCUGCCCGGGCGGAGGCGAGCGCGGGCGCGCAUGACCAUGACGAGGCGCGUCUCGCUAUCCAGAAGAAAGAAGGCGCCGCGCUCCGCCAGUUUAUUGCUGCGGGCUGCCCCGUCCGCCCCUAUCUGCCUGCCGCCCCUGGGUGCUUUUGGCGGCCAGGCCUUUUGUUGCGCAGGCGGCUGCAAGUCGGCCCGCCCUGCGGUUCGGCCAUGGUGCCGGCCGCCUCCGGCCGGCGUCCGUCGCAGGGCGCGCCCCCUUUCCUGGUUGGAUUGCUGCGGUGUUGCCGUGCGGAUGCUUGCAGCACGCAGCGCAGCCACCACCCAUUGUGGGGCGACCGUGUAUUCAUGGCCCUGCGCAUGCCGGCGGGUGUUUGUGUUUCGUUCGCGAAUCGGCUGGGCGCGCCGGCCGGCUCGAGCCUUCGUUCCCCGCACGCGCGCCUGCGCGCGGCGCUUGGCCUUGAACGUAGUGCCGAGCGGCCUAUCUGUGUUGCCAAGCGCAGCAGCAUGCCGGCCUUUUCAUGUGCCGGCCUGUGGUGCUUGUCUAUGUGUCCCCGGGCGCAAGGGCGGGCGGGGCUGUUGUACGGGUUUGGGAGGGACGCUGUCAUAGGUAUGGGCCCGAAAUAGAUUGAGG